UAGCUUUUGCAGUUUUUUGCAUUGGUUUUACAUCAUUUUGCAUAAUUUAUUGAUCGUUUAGCAUAAUUUUGUGGUAGUUAAGCAUCAUUUUGUGUUGGUUUUACACAAUAUCUUGGUAGUUUUGUGUUAUUUUUGUUGGUUUUGCUUCAUUUCGUGGUAGCGUUGCAUCAUUAUAUGUUGGUUUUACUUAAUUUUGUAUAGAUUUUGUGAUAGUUUUGCAUCAUGUGGCAUUGAUUUUGCAUCUUUUCUUGGUAGUUUUUCAUCACUUUGUGGUCAUUUUGCGGUAUUUUUGCAUCAUUUUGUGGUCAUUUUGCAUCAUUUUGCGUUGAUUUUACAUCAUUUUGUGGUAGUUUUGCAUCAUUUCUUGGAUGUUUUGCACCCUUUUGUGUUGGUUUUAUAUUAUUUUAUAAAAACUGUGUGUUGUUAUUUACAGUCCGGCCCUGCAAAGAACCUUUGAAUUCCUCUUGAACUGUUUCUCUUAACUUCUCUCACCAGGAGAAUUGCAUUGUGUUCUUCACUGGGAAGGCGGCUGCGGGUCAGUAUUUCAUCCACCUGAUGGUUGAAGAUCUGAUUCCUGUUCCUAAAUUCAGCCACGUCUUCAACAACUCACCGCUCAGCUCCGUCCCGGUCCACCUCUCUCUGACCGUGGAAGAAUCAUCGAUCAGCUGCACAGAUGAACCGUUGGCUUCUUCAGAAACCCCUGCAGAGGAUUCGGUGAUGUUUGUUUUGCCGUACGAACAGAUAAAGUUCAACAUCCACUACGUAUCUGAGGCUGAGAGUGUUUCAGAGGUAGCGGUGGUCGGACCUCCAGAACUCUACCGGACCAACCUCACCUCGGUCGGUCCUCUGGCUGCCAUGACGGUUUCCUGGACUCGAUCUGAGAACAAACUGGCUCGACUGCUACCGAUCUGCUUCGUAGCGAACACCAACAGUUUGCAGUCGGAGCCCCGCUGUGUUUGGUUGUACCAAAGGGAGAUGAAGGCGCUGCCCUCAGGAACAGAGCUGACGUGUGGGAAGUCGGAGAUGACCCUAGUGCUGCCCGUCGCCUCCCUCGCCGACAUUAAUCUGGCCGAGCUGCAGCUCAACAGUCCUACCUGUCCGGUCAGCUACAACAGCACUCACCUGACCGCCACCAUCUCACUGAGCGACUGCGGCACCAAGACUGUGCACUCUGGUAAGGAGCUGGUUUACACCAACACUCUGCACAGCGUCCGUCCCUUCACCAUGGUGAGCCGGAAACCCUCCCUGAUCCUGCCUCUGGCCUGCAGAAUCCCUGAAACUCUGGUUAAAGGCCCCCAGUACCAGAUCAGCAUGCCCACCGAGACGGAGGUCUUCGGAGAGAUCGAGGUCUGGAUGGAGAUCUACCUCCCUGGAGAAGGACCUCUAUCCAUGUUCACCACCAACGCCAAGUUUCGCACCAACAACAUCUUCCGAGGAAGACUUCGUCGGGAGGUGGAGUCGGAAACGCAGAGUAACGCCACCUCCAACAGCUCCAUCGCAGCGGCCAUCGGCUCCAAGAUUGAAUUCCUGGACCUCCAUGUGAUGUCCAACUGCAGCAUGGACCGAGCUGAGAUGGUUGUCAGCAAAUGUGUGAAGUCUGAGAAGGACGACUUUGCGGAAAGUCGACCGAUUGUGGAACAAGGGUGCAUAAUGUCCAACGGCUCCUUUGAGAUCAUCACGAAUAGGAACAACUCCAAAGUCUACCGGCUCUACAUGAACACGACGGAGACCACGGGAACCAUGAUGUACUUUGAGUGCACGUUGAACCUCUGCAUGGCCACCAUGCCAUCCCAGAGGUGUCCCGACCUGUGCACCCGGUCCACUGGCCCCAGGACUCUGAUUGGCAGCGUGUUCACCAGAAGCUACACCAUCCGGUCCGGCCCCAUCAGCCUGGUGGUCACCACGCCUGCUCCGGCAGCAGCAGCCACCACCAACAACACUGCUGCAACCAACGCUACAACCACCAGCGCUUCGGCCAGCGCCUCACAGGCUCCAGAAAAGGCCUCGUCCAUCAUAUCAGCGGUGAUUUUAACAACCAUCAGCGGCUUUCUCCAGAAACUCGUCCUUCGCUGAACAUGCUGAUGAUGAUUUUUAUAAUCUGAGCUGUUUCUGAAAAGUUAAUUAAAACCAGAGCAUGACUGUCUCUGCUCUGACUGAAGGAUUUUAUCUGAAGGAUGAUGAAGGACGGGAUGAAGGCCCAGCAUGGUCCCCAAAACAAGUUUUAUAUUUAAUUUAAUCUUUGAGACGUCUUUCUUCUUUCUCUUCCCUCACUAACUGACACAGUUCUGCUUUUUAUAACACAUAAACGCAAACAUAUUUUAAAAUACAUGAACUGUAUAUUGUGUAUUUUAUGAUGCAAAUAUUAGUAAAUGUUAAAAUGAUGUAUUUGCACUAGUGCCUGCCUGACACUGGAUUUAUUCAAAUCAGAUUAUAGACACACAAAAGCUGGAGUUUGUCUGGUGUAAAAAUGAAAAUAACCAAAAACACUGUGUAUUACUGGAUGGUAUGAUAUAGUAGGCUAUAGCAUAGCAUAGCAUAAUACUGUAGUAUAGCAUAGCAUAGCAUAAUACUGUAGUAUAGCAUAGCACUUUACAGAAUGUAUAAUGCAUUAUAGUAUUCGUAUAGUAUAAUAAUAAGCAGAGUAGAGUAGGUUUAUGCCAUUUAAAAUCUGCUUCAGCAACUGAGUAAUUUUAUGACACGAGAAGAGACUUGCAGAAUGUCCUGCAGCCACCGGGUGGUGCUGUUGGACUGAUAUAAUACACCUGUACUCAGAUAUUUAGAAUGUAAACAACAGCUGAACUUCUACAACAUUAUGACGCCAUCAUACUGUAAUAUGACACCACAUACUAUAACAUUACACGGCGUACUAAACUAUGACGCCACAUACUGUGUUAUAACAUCACGUACUAUACUGACAUACUACACUAAGACACCACAUACUCUAGGAGCUAAAGAACAUCCGUAUAUAAUUUCUUAUUUCUAAUAUACACAUAGUUUUCUUAUUGUCUUCUUACAACAAGAUCAUAAUAAACUUCCUGACAUUCA